ACAUCCUCAAAUUUUGUUUUCCAAAUUUGAUCCACCAAAAAAUAUCAAUGGCACCUAUCUAACCCCAAAACCCCAAACCAACGUUAACGCUUCUUCUUCAUCAAUGGCGGGUGCUACCGGAAAAACUCUCUUCACUCUCUCUUCUUCUCUCACUACACGCAUUUCACGUCAUGGAAACCGUUUCUCAUUCCUCACACUCUCAAAUCCACUAACCAUUCUUCCACGAUUCAGACCUCUCUGUUCCAUAACCGCCACACCCGAACCCUUAUUAGACACUGACACAGAAAAACACUCGAUUCUUCUCGAGAAGCUAAGAGUUAGACACCUAAAAGGAACUAGUAGUAGUAGUGGUACGAAAGUUUCUGAAAUUGUGAAGAAAUCUGAUGUGAAGAAGAAGGUUGUUGUUGUUGAUGAAGUUGUUGAGAGUUUUGAUGAAUUGGGAAUUAGUGAUGAAGUUAUGGGUGCUGUUAAAGAAAUUGGUAUUGAAGUUCCUACUGAGAUUCAGUGUAUUGGUAUUCCUGCUAUUUUGGAUGGUAAAAGUGUUGUUUUAGGGUCUCAUACUGGUUCUGGAAAAACUCUUGCUUAUUUGCUUCCACUUGUUCAGUUGCUAAGACGGGAUGAGCAAUUGAACGGAAUAGUGCUGAAGCCCAAGCGUCCCCGAGCUGUUGUGCUAUGUCCUACAAGGGAGUUGUCUGAGCAGGUUUUCCGAGUUGCUAAAUCGAUAAGCCAUCAUGCACGAUUCAGGUGUACCAUGGUAAGUGGCGGUGGCCGUCUUAGGCCUCAGGAGGAUUCACUUAGUAACCCUGUCGAUAUGGUAGUUGGUACCCCUGGCAGGAUUCUUCAACAUAUUGAGGAGGGGAAUAUGGUAUACGGUGACAUCCAAUACGUGGUAUUAGAUGAGGCUGACACGAUGUUUGAUCAGGGCUUUGGUCCUGAUAUUCGCAAAUUCCUGGCCCCAUUAAAACACCGUGCUUCAAAACCUGACAGCCUAGGUUUCCAGACUGUUUUGGUCACUGCGACCAUGACAAAGGCUGUGCAAAGUCUGGUUGAUGAGGAGUUUCAAGGUAUUGUCCAUUUGCGCACAUCCACGUUGCAUAAAAAGAUUUCUUCUGCUCGUCAUGAUUUUCUUAAACUUUCUGGUUCUGAGAACAAGAUGGAUGCAUUACUUCAGGUAUUAGAGCCAAGUCUUGCAAAGGGUAACAGGGUAAUGGUUUUCUGCAACACAUUAAAUUCUAGCCGUGCUGUGGAUCACUUUCUUGGUGAAAAUCAGAUUUCUACCGUGAAUUACCAUGGAGAGGUACCGGCGGAGGAAAGGGUUGAAAACCUCAACAAGUUUAAGAGUAACAGUGAAGAUUGCCCUACAUUGGUUUGCACGGACUUGGCUGCUAGGGGUCUGGACUUGGAUGUAGAUCAUGUUAUCAUGUUUGACUUCCCUUUGAAUUCUAUCGAUUACCUCCAUCGCACAGGCAGAACUGCUCGUAUGGGAGCAAAAGGUAAAGUAACAAGUUUGGUUACUAAAAAGGACUAUAGCUUGGCAACCAAAAUAGAGGAGGCAAUAAGAAAGAAUGAGAGUUUGGAGGCUAUCACUAAAGAAAGUGUCCGAAUGGACGUAACCAGGAACCAAAUCACUGAGCAGAGAAGAAAGAACAAAAAUGUGUUUAAAACUUCAAAAGUUAGGGACAAAUCUGAUUCUCGUGCAAGUCCUGUGAAUACCAGGUCAGGUAAUAGGGACAAAUCUGAUUCUCGCACCCGUUCUGAGAAUACCAGGUCAGGUAGUAGGGAUAAAUCUGAUUCUCGUACCCGUUCUGAGAAUACCAGGUCAGGUAGUAGGGACAAAUCUGAUUCUCGCACCCGUUCUGUGAAUACCAGGUCAGGUAGUAGGGACAAAUCUGAUUCUCGCACCCGUUCUGUGAAUACAAGGUCAGGUAGUAGGGACAAAUCUGAUUCUCGCACCCGUUCUGAGAAUACCAGGUCAGGUAGUAGGGAUAAAUCUGAUUCUCGCACCCGUUCUGAGAAUGCCAGGCCAGGUACGAAGACAGGAUUUCCUGUUUCAAAACCUGUAAAAUCUUCCAAUACAGGUAGCUUCAAAAAAGCUUCUUCAGAGAAUAAGCGAAAGGAUAAAAGGACCACUGCCACCAAAUCUACAGAUUCUAAACUUAGUGUUGUUGGGUUUAGGGGGCGGAAUGCAUCAUCCUCAGAUAAGAGACAAACAAAUUAGUGAAGUUGAUAGGAGUCAUGUUAUACCACAGUAGUAAGUAAAUGGAUCUUGUUUUGUAUUAGAUUCAUCUUGUUUUUUGACAGAUAGAUUCAAUUUUUUCUAUAGCAAGAAUAGUGUGAUAAUUUA